ACAAGCGGAGGGAGCAAAAUGGCGGACGAAGAUAUUACGCUUGAUGGAAAACCUCUACAAUCGCUCCGAGUCGCGGAUUUGAAAGCGGCUCUGGAGCAAAGAAACCUCCCAAAAAGCGGGCAGAAAAACACUCUCAUUAAGCGACUGAAAGGGGCUCUGAUGCUGGAAAACCUACAGAAGUCAUCUUCCUCCCACAGUGGGCUGCAGCCCAACUCUCAGAUAGGGGAGGAGAUGUGCCAGAACAGCUUCAUAAAACAGUACCUGGCCAAGCAGCAGGAACUUCUUCGCCAGAGACUUGAGAGAGAGGCCCAGCAAGAGGAAGAAGCCGAUGAGAGCCCAGCAGUGCCGGAGGAGGAUGAAGAGCACUCAGAGGACAAUGACAGCUCCGCCUUUGUCUCUGACAAGCAGCAUUACCCCAUACCCUCCCAGCCCCCACUGACCAGGGCAGAGGAGAGAGGCAGAGGAGCUCCGGUGGUAAGUCACGGGAUAAUGGCGCACAGCCCUGACAUGGGCCCGAGUCCUACCCUCCACUGCCAGCAGUUCCCUGAGGCCCCAGGAACUAGGAUGCAGCGAGCCAUAGGACAUAAGGAGCCACCUGCCCCCUCUCCUCCCCGCGCUGUAGCCUCCCUGUCUGUGCGUGUCCUGGGUAAGCCUGACCGCCAGGGGCUUCCUCCUGCCAUGCCCCGAGCCCAGGAGAAGGAGGGCACAGCACCAAGUGAACCAGGAUCAGCUCAUCCUGUCCUCCACCUUAGCCGAUCUGCUGGAGUAUCAGCAGGAAGUAAUGUCCAUGAGGAUAGUGACAAAGAUGAUGGUGAAGAUGAGAGUGAGGAUGAUGAGGAUUGGGGGCCUGGUCCUGGCACAGCACGCAGGGGCAACAGGGUCCCUCCCCAGCCGCAGCCGAUGCCUCCCAGUGUCCCAUCGGCAGGCGCAAGAUCCAAACGCAAGCUUCAGCCUCCGCAGCACAUCCCACCACCACAGGUACACCACACACCCAUGCAGCUGCGUCAUCCCACGCCUCCUCCCUCACCACCCCCUGACCUGUUCCCCCUCCCUGACACCCCCAAGCAGAGCCCACCAGACCCAGAUGACCAGGAGGGAGAAGGCCCUGAGCGGGCACGUGGCCGAAGGGUGGCGUCUUUCCCACCUCCUACCAUGCAGAGGCAAGACUCUGACUCAAGUUCUCGCUCCAGCAGUCCAGAGCCCCUUGUGAAGGACAGACCAGGACCCCUUUCUCUGCUUGUACAUAAAAUGGAGUCAGAGGGGGCUUUCCGUGCACGGGAACACGUCCCAUCUGCAGAAAUCUCAGGAGAUACAGCACACUCCACUGCCGCGUUUGCCAGUGAAUCUCCGCUGCAAAGACUGGAGAGAAAGAGGCAACAAGACAACAGAGAGAUGGAGGAGAAGGAGAGAGAACGACAGCAGGAGCAGGAGAAAGAAAGAAGUAAAGCACAAGAACUGGCGAGAGAGAAGAAACACUUAGAAGAAGAGAAGGAAAAGGAGAGAAAACGACUGGAAGAGGAGGAGAAACAGAGGCAGAAACAAGAGCAAGAAAAAGAGAGAAAACGCCAGGAUGAGGAGAAGAGAAAAGAGGAGAAACGCCUAAAGGAGGAACAGGACAAGAGACAGCAGACAGACAGGAUGGUUGUGACUGAGGCACAAGAUUCAGCUUCAUCAUCAGAUUCUGACUCCAAAUCAGACUCCUCUUCACGCUCAUCGCAGUCGUCCUCCUCCAGGGAUAAAUCCUGCACUGUCAAGCAACUGAAGAAGGUAGACCAAGGACAAGAAGCAGUGGAAGAAACUAACCUGAGUAAAGGGGCAGAGAAACGAUAUCUCCCAAAAAGGGAGGUGUCAGAGCCCAGCGCAGCUGCUGUGACAGAGGUGGAACCAGACUCAGAGAGCUCCAUGGCCCAGCAGCCGGCCUCCGGGGCUGAGCCGGAGAACAACGAGAACCGCCUGGAGGAGAGCACCACUCCUAAGGCUUUUGCUGCUCGCAAGAUAUCCUUGACCAGCAGUAAGACUUCUCCAGCCACAGAUGGAGGAGCAGGAGAGGCUGAGAUGGGAAGUGCAGCCGGGAGGAAGCGGCGGUGGGGCUCCAGCACAGCAGUCACUGCUAAGAAACCAUCGAUCAGCAUCACCACUGACUCACUGAAGUCUUUGAUUCCAGAGAUCAAAGUAAACCAGGAGGCAGUGGUGGAGCUUCACCCAGAGGAGCUGCAGCUGUCUGGGGACGAGGAGAACAUGGACACCAGCCAUGGUGACCAGGACAAAGGACUCAAGAUCCGACGCACUGUCACACAGGUUGUCCCAGGUGACAGUCAGGAAAAUGGCCAGACAAAUGAAGAAGAAGAGGUGGAGAAAACGGAGAGAGAGAAACAACGCAGGACUUCGAGAGACAAAAGGAAGAACAGUCUUUCUGAGGAAGCCUCGGAAACACAGUUAUCUGUCAAGCUUGAUGGCGAGGCAAAGAAAGUUACCCCCAGCGACAGUCUGGUGCGUCGCUCCAUCAGUCAGCAGAAGUCUGGCGUGUCCGUCACCAUCGACGACCCUGUCCUCACAACUAAGCAGCCCUCGCCACCUCAUGGCAAAGUCUCAAAUAUCAUCCAUGUGACCAAUCUGGUACGACCCUUCACUCUGGGCCAGCUGAAAGAGCUGCUGAACCGGACAGGCACCGUGGUGGAAGACGGGUUCUGGAUCGAUAAGAUCAAGUCUCACUGCUAUGUCACAUACAAUACGACAGAGGAGGCAGUCGCCACCAGGACUGCCAUCCAUGGGGCCAAAUGGCCUCCGAGCAAUCCCAAGGUCCUCAGCGUUGACUUCUGUGAGCAGGAUGAGCUCGACUUUCACAAAGGUGUCCUGAAGCCAGACAGGGAGGAGGAACAUGUUGCCCCACCAGGUGGUCCUCAAAACCGGCUGCCCCCACUGAUGCCCGAGCGAGACCGGGACCGAGAAAGAGACCGCGACAGGGACAGGGAGCGUGAACGAGACAGGGAACGGGACCGGGGAGUUGGAGGAGUUCGGGACCUGUGGGCGGAGCGGGAGAGAGAGAUGGAGCGCCGGGAGCGGGCCCGUGGUGAACGGGAAUGGGACCGUGAUAAGGUCAGGGAAUUUGCAAGACCAGGAGAGGACGGACGGCGAUCCCGAUCCAGAGAUAGAGAGCGUAGGAGGAGGGAGAGGGCGAAGAGCAAGGAGAGAAAGACAGAUAAGAAGGAGAAAGGAGAUGAGCCUCCGGCCAAACUUCUAGACGACUUGUUCCUUAAGACCAAAGCGGCUCCAUGUAUAUACUGGCUUCCCCUCACUGAGGAGCAGGCGGCGCAGAGGCUUUUGGACCGUACAGAGCGGCAGAAGGAGCGUGAGCGAAGACGCAAAGAACAGCAAGAAGAGGAGGACAAGAAGCGUGAGGAGGAGAAGAAGGAGAGGCUGAGGGGCCGGGAGAAGGACGGUGGCGUAACAGUGAGCGGCGGAGCAGCCGGGCGAGGAGCUGACGUAGACAGAGAGAGGGACCGUGGCCGAGACAGAGAGGGGGACAAGAAGAGGGACAGCGGCCACCGGCCCAGACGACCCUCGGUGGGUGCCGGCAGCGGACGCCGGUCUCGUAGCCGUAGCAACCAGAGGGACAGACGCCGCUGAGGGGUGGGCAGCUGCAGGGGAAGCUGAGGAGAGAGAGAUAGUGGUAAGCAGUGUAGCAGAGGGCACAGCAGACAGGAAGUCUUGGGAGGGAGUGUUUCCACAACAGUUCUCUUGCCUCAAAUUCAGGACUUGUGUCUGCUCCUCACUACCUGCCCCACUGGGCUUUAAUUCGUCCACUUUGACGCCAGCGUUGUCUUCCACACACUUCUGCCAUUUCCCCUCCUCCUUAAUGUCGAUUCACCCAGAAAAUGUUGAUUACGUUUGGUUUAUAGUAAAACAAUGGUUGACUUAGCUCCAGUCCCCAAUAUUUUCUCUUUCUGUCUUCCAGAAGCAAAAUCCAGUCCUUAACCACCCCCGUAGUGAGCAGCGUUCCUCCUCGUCUUCGUGUAGUGUUGUUAAUUAUUCUCUGUUGAAGAAAAGAAGCAAGGAGGGCGGUGGUUUUUUGGCUCGCCUCAGGAUUUUGUCCCACUGAGGUUUGGGAGCCCGCCUCUUUAUUUUAGUUCUGCGGGUGCACAGUUCCUUCCUCCUCAGAGCCCUGUAAUAAAACCAGUCCAAAAUAGAUCCCUGACCUUCAAAUAUUUUCUAGGAUCACUUUUAGUGCUCCACUCUUCAGCACUAAGAUUUUUUUUUUUUAACCAUACAACUAGAUUUAAAGGCCAUCUUUGUGAACGUGAGGAAAGUUGUUUUGUUUUGUUGUUUUAUGGAUCACGUUUAUUUUUUUCUGCCUUGGACGGCUGUUGUGUGUUACAGCAGGUGAUGUUUGUGGGAGUGAUAACAUUCAUCCUUCAUCUCCCACGAAGAUACAACUCGUAAUGAAGUCUCAACACUGUAACCUGGAACAUACGCGUAUUAUAUGCAACACAUAUAAACCAUAUAAUACGUGGCACUAUGUGUUGUGUGAUGCCGGAGACAUGCAAAUGCUCGAGUUUGUCUUUAGUGGAUAAUUUACAGGGGGUAAACAUUAGUUCUAGUCAAGUGGAGGUUUUAUUCUGUAACAAUUACAGGAAGCUGUCUCCAUUUUGAAAUCCCUCCAAACCCCUUGAAUCAUAUAUAUUUAAGGAGGCAAAAAAUAAAAAGUUUAGCUUCUAAUAGAGUAAUGGUUACAAUUUUAAUAUUUUUAAUUUUCCGUUUUUAGUUCGAAACAGUUUGAUUUUGUUGCUUUUUCUCCUCCUGCAAGUGCUGAAUGUACCAAGAAUUUAAAAAAUGAAUAAAUUUAAAUUGGUUUAUCA